UAGGUGUGUGAUCGCGUGCGGCAAGUUCUUGGUCUGAGUGUUGGUGUUUACCCUCAUUCACUCUUGUUGGAUCCUUCUUCGAAACAUUCCAUGAUUUCGAUCGAUGUGACUUAGUGAGCUGAAGAAUCUAAAUAUUCGUUUUGGCAGAAAUCUUGCAUCAUCAAAGAGGACAACAUAUCGUUAAUUACCAACCAUUUUUGGUAGAUUAUGUACUGGCUGGUGACUCCAACCGUCUAUUGAUGGCAGUGCCUGUGGUUUACAGUACGCUGGCGACUUUUCUGAACGAAACAGAUGUCAAUGACAAUUGGAAUGGAACAACAGAGUCCCCAGGACCCAAGCCUCCUUACUGGGAUCUCCACAUCGUCAUUAUACUUUCGACAAUUUUAUUUAUCGUCAUGACGAUCAGCAUCAUCGGAAAUGCCCUGAUCAUCUUAGUGAUGGUUUUCUUCAAAGGAAUGAGAAGUAAGACCAACAUGUUCAUCACAAAUCUUGCCUGCGCUGAUUUCGGCGUUUCGUUGCUCUGCAUGCCCUUCUCACUGGCUACUGUUAUCCACGGAGACUGGGGGUUCGGGCCAGUGCUCUGCAACAUCAAUGCCUUCUUCGAGGCUCUCUUUCUUGUAGCAUCCACACAUGGUCUCAUGGUGAUUGCCCUGCACAAGUUCUUCUCACUCGUUAUGCCUUUAAGACGCCUUAUCAACCGGCGUCGAGCAAUCUACAUGAUUAUGUAUGGAUGGUUCAUCGGUUUCACCUGUGCAAUCGGGCCCAUAGUUGGCCUCACUGAGAAUCAGUACAAACCUGGAACGUCACAAUGUGGGCCAAAAUACCCUGAGAAACUAACAGAGAAACUCAUUGGCAUCUAUGUACCAGCUGUUGGCAUCGUUAUCCCACUGCUAUGCCUUAUUAUAACUUAUAGCGUCAUAUUUAAAACUAUCCAAAGUUACAGCCAACGACUGCGGAAAAACACCAACAUGGCGGAAGACCGUAUCUUCAACCAACAGGUACGGAUCACAGUGACUCUAUUUAUAGUCUUUGUGGCGUUCUUCAUUUGCUGGUCGCCAUAUUUCAUUUACUCCACACUUGGACUGUCGAUGGGUUUUCACAACGUGCCGACUAUACUGAAUGUUGCUGCUUACUGGAGUGGCUAUACCAACUCAGCCCUCAAUCCGCUCAUAUACGCCUGGCGGACGAGGUCGUACCGAAAAGCUUUCAAGAGGAUAUUCUGCUGUGACAUUCAAGGAGGCAUGAUUUCUGAUACUGGAACUGCCAAUAACGGAGAAUUCGCCUCUCCAUCAAUGUCCCGCCGUCAUCAACUUAUCCACUUCGGGCAAGGAACUCUCCCUGGCAGUAAAACCACCAGCCUUAGCAGUCUCAUGCGUCCCUCACCAGUAACCAGCCGCCAGACACCACAGUAUCAAGCGCUCUUAGAAGUAAACGGCAACCACUUAAAGAUACCAGCAUUCUCAAGAAACGGCCACGCCUUGAAUCAUUUGGAGGGGUCGAGCGAAGAAGAUGACGACUUCAUCGGAGAUAGUGGGUCGAUGAGGAGGCGUAGUAACAGCGAAGGGGAUAAGGAUAGCUUAGCAAUGAGACAUUAUGACUUGCCCCCACAAUCUAGAGACAGGUUCCUCUCAGACCCUGGUCAAAAUAUCAUCAAACAGUCUGAUGCCCCUGCCGUGACGCUCAGACAUCCAGAUGCUUUAGUGGAUAAACAGUGUAUUGUUAGAAAAGAUUGGGAACCAGACGCUAAAGCACGAAGAGCUCUCCUUGCUCGAUCAACAGUUGUUUAAAUUUAUGCAUGUUAUAAUGUGACUUCAGCUUAUUGAAAGAAUGUACAAUAGUUUUUAAAAGUUGUUAAAAUUUUAUUCAUGUUCAAGUCACGGUUUGUUUUCAAAGCAAGGUUUGCCUAUAAUACACGGUUUUUAUAUAGCGCUUUUUCACGGGGUGUCUCAAAGCGCUUCCGACAUUAUUACCCCUGGUCA